AUGGACAAGAAAAAGAGUCCGGGCGGCCCGGAUCCGCUGGUGGCCGCGCUCGAGCAAGCCGGCACCGAAGCAUUCAACCCGUCGAAUGACCAGAUUGCACGUGCUGAGGGCCAAAGGAAAUUCGCGGCUCUUGUAUCUAGAACAGGUACAUUCGCUCUCAUUCAGUCUCUGAACCCUCUGAUCAAGCCAGACAGGGUCCCGAGAUGGCUCAGGGUGCCUCUGAUGGACACGCUGACGCUGCUGCCGCAGCGUCCAGACGGCGUGAGGGCAACUUUGGAAUUUGUCUUCUCAGUGCACCCGUCUACUACCAUCAAGAACUCGGAAGCCGCCUCAGCGCAAAAGCAGGGGGCCAACAUCACCAUGGAGGCGCUGAAGAUGGCCUCGAAUCUCAUUGCGGUGCCUCCUACUGGCGUCAAGCCUGAGGAAUGGUACCCUGGAAUUGCACCCCAGCUGUUGACCCUGCUGGAGGGUGAUAAAGGCGAGGACCUGGCCAAGGUUGCAGCCUAUGUAAUUGGUUUCGGUGUUCUGGGCCGUAGGCAAUUUGGUGCUCCAGGUACAGCCGGGUGGAAGACCUUCGCCGAGCCAAUGCUCUCUGCCGUUGACCCUGUAUUGGCUGGGCAGGGCACAGAAGUCAAGAUUAAAGAUGAGCCCGGCGAAGGAGUCGACGAGAUUGUGGAGAUCCGAGACCGUUCAGUACUCACCCGCGCUGAGGACCUGGCCACGGCUUUGAAGCGUCUCUCAUCAUUGCUCAACUCGCACCCAAAUCCUGGGCUGACCAAACGACUUCUUGGGCCACUCUUGGUGCCGUUGUGGGUUUUGUCCACCUGGAGUUCGCUCUCCGAUGGUGUCUCUAGACGAUACCAACACCCAGCGAAAUCCUUGCUAGAGGUUUAUCUCAGACUGUCCGGCUCAACAGAGAACUUCAUGCGUUUGCUUGGCAACUUGCUCUCCAGCGGCGGCUCGGUUGGCGCUACACUGCCAUGGGAAUUCACGAUGACAAAUACCGCUGGCAUCCAAGUCAGGCGUAUCGGGGAAGAUCAAGCGCAUACUACGAGUCUACUGACAAAACAAUGGGACGAGCUUGAGGCGAAGGCCAAUGCGUUUGUCGAACUCCUCUCAUCCGUUGGGACCGAGACGGAUAUAUCGGCAUUGUUCCUUACGCUGUUGAAGAGAUCCUUCACUCAAGACCCCAAGAGCCAGAAGGGCGACAUUGUUUUCAAGUCUGCAAGCGAGGCUACAGAAGACCCCCUGGCACACAUUAUCGAAUCGAAAGUAUUGCAAAGAAUGAUGGAGACGAUGCCGGACAAGCUAGUCUCAGAUGCAAAAUCGAUACUCACACUUGCAAGUGAGAUACUUGCACAAGGCGACAGCGGCAGCAGCUCACAGGAGACAAAUGUUUUGGAGGAGGACGGUGAAGCUGUGGCUCUCAGUUUACUGAACCUUGUUGUCACAACACCGAACUUCCAGGUCUCCAAGAUGGAUUCCGUAGUACUUGCGAGCAUCGAGAGGUCUCUCGACCGAAUCAGGCUGGCGCAGAAACCUGAGACGGCGCACAAUCUAGCACUAUUGCUCAAGUACCGCGACGAGAUCGAAGACCCGGCGGACCAGGUUCCGGCACCUUCCGACCGUCAGGUUGAGGACCGCAAGACGUAUCAGCUGGCAAUGCAGUACAUCACGCAGACCGACUCACCCCCGCCUGUGAGGUCCGAAGGCAUCAACCUACUCUCGAAGCUCAUCCAGGCGAGCAGCCCGAUCCUUGACAUCCCGGCCACUCUGGUAUUGCUAUCCUCGCUACUCUCCGAGGACGAGGACUACACGACCCUCCGUGUGAUGAAGCUCUUCACUCAGAUCGCUGACAAGCACGCUAAAUCCACAAUCAACGAGGUGCUGGAGCACUACAUUGACGCCGGAGAGACAGCCAACACAGACACGCGCCUCCGCUUCGGUGAGACCCUCCUGCAGAUAAUCCAGCGCCUUGGCGAGACUUUCACGGGAUCCGUUGCCGCGUCUGUAGGACAAUCCCUGUUGUCCAUUGCAGGCCGUCGCAUUCACAGGCCCGGGACGCAGGCCCGACAGGAGCGCGAAGACCGCUUGAAAGCGAAGCAAAACGCAGAAGCGGCAGAGGCUUGGGGAGGCAAUGUGGCAGACAUCCCGGAUCUGAGCGAGGCCAUUGCGGACGCGACCGAGGAGGAAAAGGCACGGAACCGAAUCCUCGCGCAAAUCGGGGGCGAGGACAUCCGCAUGCGCGCGUCUGCGCUGUCUGUUUUUUCUGUCGGGCUCGAGACCAACAUUGCGGGCUAUGGACCGGAUCUCGUCGAGGCUAGUGUUGAUCUGUCCGUCAGCAUCCUCACUGCCGCCGACGAGCGUGGCGCGGAAGCAGGAAUACUACGGCGCGCCGCCGUGAUCUUGAUCUUGUCCUUUAUCAAAGCUCUCGCGGAUGCCAAGGAGAACGGGCGCAGACUCGCGUUUGGGUUGACGGAUGCGAGUCGCGAGAACAUCAGCGGUGUGCUGCGCUACAUUGAGGAUACAGACAACGAUGAGCUUGUGAAGCAGCAUGCGCGGGAUGUGUUGGAUAGCCUGGAGAGCUGGAGGAUGAUUGAGUUGUUUCCGUCUCAGACAGGGCAACAGACGCAGGCGCGAUCGCUGUUGGAAAUCGAUCGAGGCAGUGACGGGCUGGUGGGCGUGGCUGGCCUCCAACUGGAUCGACCUAGUCUGCCGUCCCUCCAGAGUGGACCAAGGCCGAGGAUUGAGGAGAUCGAGUGA